AUGAGCUUGCCCCCCAUGCCAUUGACUGGCAGUCAAGAAACAGGGAGGUGGCCAAUUGGGGACGAAGACAAGGCUCAUGAGCUCGUCGUCGGAACCCCCGAGGAAUGUAGUUAUGCAUGCCAGUGCAAUGAAGCAACCAGUGAAGUUGGACAGAUAAUGAAAUAUUCACCCAUCUGUCUGAAGUCCUGUACGAACGAGCCACCUCCAGGAGGGGAGGAGUCCACCCUGGCCGCCACUAGGAAGUUAAAUCGUCUAGCAGAUGGCACAGAUGGUCCAAUCGUAAAUGAAGAUCCCCCGAGCCCGUUGUUGAUCUUCCAGCCAGGGUUACUACCUACUGUUCGUAUACACCCACUUGGGUUGGAAUUAAUCAUGCUACUACCGCCGCCCUUGCAGAACGAGAAUUAUCUGCCUGGCUACAAAUCUAAAAAUUAUGGGGCUUGGCGUGUUGGAUACCACGCGCGCUCAUGUACCAGCUUCUGCAUAGGAACCACGGACAUUCUCGAGCGAGAGCACCCCAACAACGAACCGGUCAUUGACUCGAAUCUAAAAUAUGAUCGGUCGGGCUCUGUACCCAUCCUACUUGUCCCUCAGCCAAGCGAUGAUCCCAAUGAUCCAUUGCUGACAGACUCGAAACACAAGAACUGGCCACUUUGGAGGCGCGAUGUCACGCUUCUGGCUCUGUCCUUUGUAGCGGUGCUUUGCGCAACGACCAGCUCGCUGAUGGCUGCUAACACUGUAACCAUUGCUCUCUACUAUGGAAAGAGCUUCACUUCAGUGGCGCUACUCACCGGGUACCAUCUCUGUGGUGUUGGAGUGGCUGGGAUUUUAAUUGUACCUACAGCGCGAGUAUGGGGAAAGCGUCAUCUCUUUCUGCUUGGGAAUGCGUUGAUGGUGGUGAGCUGUGCCUGGGCUGGGGGCAGUAAACACAACUAUCAAAGCCUGUUAUGGGCUCGUAUAUUCCAGGGGAUUGCUCUAGCUCCCUUCGAAGCUCUGGUCAAUGCAUGUGUCGGGGACUUGUUCUACGUGCACGAACGGGGCAAAAGAAUGGCACUGUCCAACGUUGCUCUUUUUGGUGCCGCCUUUCUAACUCCAGUACUGGCGGGCAAGAUCACACAUACCCUUGGUUGGGACUGGACCUUUUACUUGGUAGCAAUUUUCGCGGCAGCAGCACUGCCUCUUACAUUCUUCUUCGUCCCCGAGACAGCUUUCAGGCGGCCAGACUACUUGAACGCCGACUUUGAAUAUGCCAACGAUCGCUCCGCCUCGGAAGUUCAGCUCAAUAACCUCACAACAUCGGAGGAUACUCCAGGACCAGACGAUCAAAAGCAGACCUCAUCCGCAGUCGAGCCUCACCGGCAUACGUCCUCUCAAGAGCUGCCUCGGAAGACCGAACCAAAAACGCCCGCCAAGGUGUCCUACUUCCAAACCCUCAGACCUUUCAAUGGACGCAAAACCGAUGAGAGCUUCUUCAAGCUCCUUCUACGGCCCUUUCCGCUAUUCUUCCACCCCGCGAUCCUAUGGGCCUGUUUGAUCCAAGGCGUAAUCAUCGGAUGGACCGUAUUCAUCGGUGUCGUCCUAGCCGCCAUCUUCCUCGGCCCUCCCCUAUGGUUCAACGAGGUGCAAACCGGGUACCUGUACACCGGGGCCUUCAUUGGUUCUAUCCUGGGUCUGAUCCUAUCGGGACUUCUCUCCGAUUCGAUGAACCGCAUCAUGAUCAAACUCAACCGAGGGAAGUACGAGCCGGAGUUCCGCAUCCUCCUCGUUAUCUUCCAGUUGAUCUUCUGCGGCGCCGGGCUGUAUGGGUUUGGUAUCAUCGCGGAGGAUGUCGCUCGAUACGGAUGGCUUGUGGCGGACGUAUUCUUUGCUCUAGUCAUCAUAGGCAUGGUGAUGGGGGCUGUCGCCAGUGCGCUGUACAUUGUCGAUGCACAUCAACGGUAUCAGGCCGGCUUUCCUGGCCAUCUCAAGCAUCCAAAUGGGAGUCUGUGCCUUGAGCAUUCCGAUGUGUAG